ACAAUAAAUUUACUGCGGCUAGUUAGUUUAAACACGCUCGGCCUUUUACUGCCAAGACGUUCAGAUGUGCGCGGUGGUUCCUGCUUGUGAGACAGCGAGCACGGUCUUGGGGCUACGCCGAGCUUAAAAGGGCUAAAUGUCAACGCAGCUGAUCUUUGGAGUUUGCAAAUGAUUUUGCAACUUGUUAGCUAAAGUAAGCAACGGCUCCUGUUCGUUUAUUCCUCUGCUGAAAGACGUCGUUGGGUUAUUUUUGGAAGAAACAGAGCAACAAAGAACGGCAGCAGCCGGACGUCCUGUUGAACCUGCUGGAACAUAUUAGACUUGACAAUGCUUCUCCGAAAUCGAGCUGUCAUUGCUCUUGGUCUUCGAAUGUGCUCCACGCAAGUGACCAAUGGAGUGCUGACUGACACAGCAAAACACAGCUCAGAUGUGUCUGCAUUCCGUGAGGUGUUUUCCAAAGCCAAGCACAUAGCCAUCAUCACAGGGGCUGGUGUGAGUGCAGAGAGUGGAGUACCAACUUUUCGGGGAAAGAAUGAGAAGUGGAGGAGGUGGCUGUCUCAGGACCUGGCGACUCCAGAGGCCUUCUCUCGCGACCCAUCUCGAGUCUGGGAGUUCUACCAUUACAGAAGGGAGCUGGUGUUAAACAAGAAGCCCAGCGCUGUCCAUUUGGCUAUAGCAGAGUGUGAGGCCCGGCUGAAGAAGCAGGGACGCUCUGUGGUUGUUAUCACCCAGUGCAUAGAUGACCUGCAUCGACAGGCUGGGUCCAAACAUGUGCUCAAUGUUCAUGGCAGUCUGAUGGAGACACGCUGUAUGAGUUGUGGGCAUGUGGCAGUGAACAAGCGAAGCCCCAUAUGUGCUGCUUUAAUAAACAAAGGUGACCCUGGCCCAGAUGUUCCUGAUGCCCAGAUUCCUGUGGAUAAGCUGCCAAGGUGUGAUGAUAGAGACUGUAAUGGUCUGCUGAGGCCCAAUGUGGUGUUUUUUGGGGAGACGCUGGAUUCUCACAUUCUGACCAAGGUGGAAAAAGAAAUUGAAACCUGUGAUCUCUGUCUAGUGGUGGGCACAUCUUCUAUCGUUUACCCAGCAGCCAUGUUUGGCCCCCGGAUUGCAUCCAGAGGUGUUCCAGUGGCGGAGUUUAAUAUACAUACAACACCAAAAUCAGAAUAUUUCAUGUACCAUUUCCAGGGUCCGUGUGGAACUACACUGCCUCAAGCUUUGGCACAACAUGAGUCAGAGGUUUUUUAAAAACCAGUGGACUGACUUUUUUUUUUUUCUUCAACAACAGUCAGAUUGGGGGGAAAAAAAAAAAAAAAAAAAAAA